CGUCGAAACAAACGGCGGGCGGUUCUGAGUUGACCUUGAUUUUUAUUGUGCUGUUCACGUAAAUGUCGUGUAGACAUGCAAGCUUAGAUUGUCAACAUGAACUUGAAAAUCUACGUUACAACUUAACAAAAGCGAAUAGUUUUAUAGCUGAAUUAGAAACAAAACUUAAUGAUUUACAUAUGAAAUAUGAUACUGACUGUUGUAAAUAUGAAGAGAAGAUACAAAUCUUAACAGAACGGCAUGAAAGAUUAAUCUCAAGUCAUCAACGAUUAAGUAAACUUAAUCACGAAUUAGAAGAGAGAUUAUUAGAUACUAUUGAGAAGUCCAGUAUUGAAAUUCAUCAAUUAACUGAAGAAUUGGAAUCAACUAAAAACACUUUAAGAACAGCACAACAGACAUUAAAUUCUAUCGUGGAGGAAAGGGAUCGUUGUAAAGAAGAUUGUAUUUCUGCUGUCAAAUUGCUUCAGGCAAAUCCAAAUCAAUUCAUAUCCGAAUUGCCACCAGUUGAAUCCGCAUCAUCCGAUAAAAUUCAUGUAUUAACAAACCUUAGCAACGGAGAUUGCUCACAUGGUGCAAAUAACUCACCAUUUUCCAGUUCAGCUUCUAUCUUUUCAACAUUUUUACCAACUUUCCCACCUGUUGGACUUUUUACUGGCAUACAGAUGGAGAAUAAUUUGCAAGUAUCACAAAAAAAUUCUUCAAAUAAUACUUAUGAUCGUAACAUUAAUUUGUUGAAUAAAACGACAGUAGUAACAUCUGCUGUGAACUAUACAUCUUCAUGUAAAUCUAGCGGCAUAAUUGAUUUAUAGUUCUUUACGUAUUUUUCUUGAACCAACUUUUUAAUUGUUAACAUGAUGUUAAUUUCUGUUUAUUUCUUACCUGUGAUAUUUAUAUUUACGUAUGUUCAGUGCAGAUAGAGUUUUAUUUCUUUUUACUAGCAUCCAGGUUCCCUUUAUAUGCUUGCCUAAUGCAAUCAAUAAAAGCUUAACAUAUAAUUUGUAAGAUUUAAAAAUGUGUAUAGGUGAGUAAAAUUCCUGAUCUUUUGAAAUAAUCUGUAGAGUAAAUUUAUAUCUAAAUGAUUCGUAAAUAAAGAAUGUGCACUCAA